AUGAAUCUUCUUACACCAGGAAGUUUAAACGAUAUAAUCAAGCACCUAGAUACUCAGCAUGAUCAUAGUGGUUAUUCUUAUCAACCAGACGCUGAUUCAUUUGAAAACGAAAUCAAUGAAUUCUUCAGCUAUACAGACAUUCAGCAUAAACUCAAAGACUAUCAACGUGCUUUUCAGAAAGAAUACAAUAGUAACCAUACUUAUGUUCAAUGGAUCAAUACGCCCUUGAUAGACAAAAGAAAUAUUGUCUUGUCUUUGAUAGACAAACUAAGCCAAGAAGGACACCAGACAUCUCAAAUACUAGUCUAUAUCUCGCUUGGAUAUUUUGACAAGCCAAUUCAGAAAGAAAAGCGAGUCCAACUGUUGAUUGAAAAUAAUGAGUUGCUUGUCUCUUGUCAUGUGUUGCCUGUUGUUUUCUCAAGACUAGAAAAGACAAAAGAUAUGGAUCUUAGUGAUAAGCAUGCGGUGGAAGAGAUCGAACUGUAUUUGACAUUGCUUUACUUGAUGAUUGAAACCCAAAGGUAUCAAGCAUUAACAUCUUGUGAAAUAAAGUAUACAACAUUCAAGACAGAAUUCGGAGGAUUUGAGAAUAUUAAACAAUCAAAAGAACAACGUUUAAAGCAAAUAUGGACAAACGUUGGUUAUCGUCCUACAGACAGUACGAUCAAAUGUUCACCUCAAGCCAUGGUAGCAUUUCAACAUGAUAAGAUGAGCACCUAUCCAGGCUAUCAAGCAUUGCAUCUUCCAUUCAAUACUUUUUCUGAUACGGGCGUGACAACAGAACUUAUAGAGCCUCAAAAAAUACACUAUGCGUAUGCUGUUCCUUACAGUAUUCAAGAAGCAGACAAAGUGUUUCAAUCUCAUCUCUAUCUUUCCUUAGUAGACUAUCAACGGAUGCAAGCCAAAUCAAUUUACUUUCAAGGUGCUUAUCAUUCAGAAGAAACCAUGAAUGAUCUAUUAGAGAGAUGUUAUGCAACCAUGUUGAAUGAUUUAAAACACACACUUGCUGUUUUACUCAACUUAUUCUUGACCUCGGCUGCAGCUAUCAAGAACGAAACAGGCAAAACAGAUGACAUAAAAGCAUCUGAUAUAAAGCGAGACAGAGAAAUUCACUUGAAAUCGAUUUCAGCCAUCUUGCUUCUUUUGUUAAAAUGGACUCGAUCUUCUCAUAUUUUGAAAUUUGAGUCUAUUUCACACAUACUAGUGGAUGCUGGUUAUUUGCUGCUUACCUUAAGAGUGAUAGGGUCUCAAGAGAUCAUGGAUUCAGUCAAAGAACAGACAGAUGUAGAAUUUUAUGGAUUUUUUACAUUUGAUGCUACAAAACCAUUUGAGAAACAGGCACAAAAAGACACCACCAAUUCAAGAAACCUUUAUUGGAUUAUCAACACACUUAAGACUUUACAUUUACUGACAAAGCAAAAGAAACAUUAUACAAUGCUCCUUGUUCAGUAUAAAUCAGGCCAUGUUUUGAAACGCGUAUUCAAAAUAAGACAUCCCACACUUGAAUAUUAUGUAUUAAAGCUAUUCAAGAGUCAAAUCCCUUAUUUUGGAAGAAAGUGGAAACAUCAGAACAUGAAGAUUAUCUCUGCUAUUUAUCUCAAAUGUACUACAAGACUCAAUGAGGAUUGGCUAUCCAAAGCAGAUUCCAAGCAUGAUUUAGAAACAGCCAAGAUAGAGGAAAAGCAAAUGCGACUCUUGACUCGUCUUUAUCAUGGCUAUGUAUCGUCUCAUUUACCUCUUCAUAAGUAUUAUUUCUGGUCAAGUAUCCCUUACUUGGAUGAUAACAAUGACCACACUCCUAUAGAACUGAAUGAAACCAUCCACAAGCUAUUUCAAGAACAAUUUGAAGCUCAAUUUAAGCCUGUGUACUCACCCUUAAAGAUCAACAAGGCAAGUUUAAAAGAAAAGAAAAUAACGCCACUGGCUCGGUCUACAGAAACAGACCACUUCACCUAUCUGACAACACUAGACCCCAAUCUUGUAAUGGACACAACAUGGCAAAUCAAUGCAACACAAACACUGAUUGCUAAACUGGUAGAGACAGAAGAAUUGACAAUAACUCAUUACAUGAAACAAAUAAAGCAUUCUUAA